AAAAAAAAAAGGCAGCCUUGACUGUGCCUUGAUUGUGCGUUUUGCGCGCGUCCCAGACGCAGGAGAAUCACUUCUCUUCACUAUUAGUCAUUACACCUGAGUGACCGGAUGGCGCAGGCUGGACCAGGGCUCUGUGCUCCACCACCGGAAAUCCUUCCAGACGGUAACGGCACGAGCCUGUGCCUGAACGCCUCGGGUGCGCACGCAGCUGGAAACGCGAGCCUGGUGGCGAACAGCAGCGACAACCGGUUCGAGCGUAAUGAGGACGUGGCGAAGCUGGAGAUGACGGUGCUGAGCCUGACCUUCCUGGCGGCGGUGGUGGGUAACGUGAGCGUGCUGCUGGCCGUGCGCAACGCAGCCAAGAAGAGCUCCCGCGUGCACCUGUUCAUCAAGCACCUGAGCCUCGCCGACCUGGUGGUGGCCUUCUUCCAGGUUCUGCCGCAGCUCUGCUGGGACAUCACGUACCGCUUCUACGGACCCGAUUUUCUGUGCCGCGUGGUGAAGCACCUCCAGGUGCUCGGCAUGUUCGCGUCCACGUACAUGCUGGUGAUGCUCACGGUGGACCGUUACAUCGCCAUCUGCCACCCGUUACGGAGCUUGCAGGGGGCCACGCGCCGCGCGCGCCUCAUGAUCGCGUGCACGUGGCUGUGCAGUGUGGUGCUCAGCACCCCGCAGUAUUUCAUCUUCUCUCUCAGCGAGAUCGAAAGAGGCUCCGAAGUGAUCGACUGCUGGGCACACUUCAUCAAGCCCUGGGGUACGCGCGCCUACAUCACCUGGAUCACCGCGAGCAUCUUCCUCAUCCCGGUCACCGUGCUGGUCGUGUGUUACGGAUUUAUCUGCCGCAGCAUCUGGAAGAACGUCAAGUGCAAGACGAAGAGCGGCGCGGCGCACGGCACGAGCGCGCUGAUCGGUAAGGCGUCGGUGAGCAGCGUGAGCACCAUCUCCAGGGCCAAACUCCGCACCGUCAAAAUGACCUUCGUUAUCGUGCUCGCCUACAUCGUGUGCUGGGCUCCGUUCUUCAUCGUGCAGAUGUGGUCCGCCUGGGACAAGAACUUCUCCUGGCAUGAUUCAGAGAACAUGGCAGUGACCCUAUCGGCGCUGCUCGCCGGCCUGAACAGCUGCUGCAACCCGUGGAUCUACAUGCUGUUCGGUGGUCACCUCCUGUACGACUUCCUGCACUGUUUCCCGUGUUGUCAGAAGCUCAAUUACGGCAUCCGUAACGACUCGGACAGUAGCCUGAAGAGGAAUACGCUGCUGAGCAAACUACCUGGUGCCUGCACACCCACAAACGCCUCGGACUCAUGGAGGGACUCGCAAAAGAACAGCCAGUCUGUAACGCAGGACUGUUCCCAUAAAGUCAACCAGCAUGUCCCGGUAGACUCUUCACACGAGACUAGUCAGAGCAUAGACAACCUGGAUAAACACAGUCACGCCAACCCGGCUCAAGUCCUAAACACAGACAGCUGAAGGCUUUUUUUAGUGGCACUUUUCUCAAAUAUGGUUAUUUAAAUGUUUACAUUUGCUUCCUUCUUAUUUGUGCAGUUAUGCAGCGAGCCAGACAUGUGCCAGCAGUGCAAUGCAUACAGUUAUGCAGAUGAUUUUCAGGUCAAGAGCUGCAGUUUAUGUUUAAAACAUGGGAUCUCUGUGACUGUAAGACAGGUUCUCCUAAACUGGACAGUUGAAAACGUUGCCUGGUCUUGUCCAGGUUGGGUGAGUCUGUGCCCACUUGAAGCCUCAGCUUCCUGUUCUUGGCACACAAGAGUGGAAUGUGUUGUAGUGAAUCCGUCUAAAGAUUCGGCAUGCUGUGGUUUUUUUGGGAGAAGCUAUGGCCUAAAGGUUAGGGAAACAGCUUUAGAACUAAAAGGUUGCUGGUUCGAUUCCCUGGACCAGCAGGAAUGGCUGAAGUGCCCUUGAACAAGGCACCUAAUCCCCAACUGCUCCCCAGGCUGCUCUGGGUAUGUUGUACGUUGCUCUGGAUAAGAGCGUCUGCUAAAUGUCAUGAAUAUAAUGUAAUCUUGAGAUGCUUUUCUGCUCAGCACGGUUGUAAAGAGUUACUUGCGUGACCAUAGCCUUUCUGCCAACUCAAACCAUUCUAGCUAUUUUCCUCUGAACUUUCUCAACAAGAAGUCAUUUCCAGAUGUUUCUGUUUUUCAAUUUUAUAAAUUCUAGAGACAGUUGUGAAUGAAAAAAACAGGAGAUCAGCAGUUUCUGAAAUACAUAAUACUGCUUGGCACUGCCACCCGUGCCACCGUUAAAGUUACUGAAAUCACAUUUUUUCUUCUUUCUGAUAUUUGAUGUGAACAUUAAGAUAAGAUCAGAUAAAAUAAACUUUAUUCAUCCCUCGGUGGGGAAAUUUACAUGUUUCAGCAGCUC